AUCACAUUUGACGUGAUAAAAGAGGCAAAGAGUAGAUUGACAUGCUUUUUGCAUAUAUGAUAAGGCUUCGACCGUUAAUUGCGAUAGCUCGUAAUAUUCGUAGUCCCUAGACAACUGAGAUCUUCCACAACGGCGAAUUCUGCGGCACAAUCACGCCUUUCUCAGCUGGCCACCCAGACCUUUCGUGAGAACAUGGCAUCCAAAGCGAUCGCGAUCAUAGCAGGUGUAGGCGCUGGAACCGGAGCCGCAGUUGCGCGAAAGUUUGCCGCGUCGUAUCCCGUCGUGCUCAUUGCACGUAACCCGGACAACUACGAAUCGCUUGCAAGAGAAAUCAACAGCAACGGCGGAAAAGCUCUGGGAAUCUCCGCCGAUGUUGCGAAUGCAAAGAGCAUCAAGGCUGCGACUGAAGCCAUCAAGAAGGAAUUUGGAGACGACGUGACUGCAGCAGCUGCCAUCUUCAAUGCAUCUGGCUCGUUUGUCCGUAAACCAUUCCUCGAGCUGACGGAGGAUGAGUUCAUGGCGGGUCUUGAAGUUUCUGGCCGAGGUGCUUUUAACUUCUCUUCGGCCUUCCUGCCAUUGCUCCUUAAGACCGUCCACUCAAACCCGAAAUACCCACCUGCUCUGAUUUUCACUGGUGCGACCGCAUCUGUUAAAGCAAAUGCUAUGAUGUCAUCUUUUGCUACUGGAAAAUUUGCUCUUCGAGCGUUGAGCAGCAGUCUAGCAAAGGAAUUUGGCCCUCAAGGGGUCCAUGUAAGUCAUGCCAUCAUUGAUGGAGUGAUCGAUAUUCCGCGAACAAAGGACUGGAUGAAAGACGCACCCCCAGAUGCAAAGAUCAGCGCAGAUGCAAUCGCUGAUUCGUAUUGGUAUUUGCACACACAGCCUAGAUCCGCGUGGAUUUGGGAGGUGGACAUCAGGCCAUAUGUGGAGAAAUGGUAGAAAUCAAGUGCAGCGUGAAGUUAAGAAAUUGUACAAUAUCACGUUCAUAAGGACAGGAUUAUGUGUAUUGCAUGUCUCUCACCAUCAAACCGCUUUCCCCCAUGCUUAAGGUAGGGCCCGGUCUGCAGGCGAGAAUGGCAAGUGUUUCAUGCCAACUAAGUUUUCGUCUCCGCUAGUCGUAUAACUGCAUGUAGCCAUGGGUGAAGGCUCGUGAGUAGAUAACCUAGCGAUGGGCAGAAUUUUAUGGAUUUUCUGAAUGUGCGCGUGCAUUUUGUUCACUUUGAUUUGAGAGCAUUGUCACGAUUAAUCAUG